CUUAUUCCACUCUGCAGUGGAGGUACCUGAAUUAGUUAUGUACCAAAAAUAGUAACCAUGGUGAUUAUGAGGCUUCACGAUGUAUUUGACUUUGUAUCCUGGAGUACUGCUUCAGAGACACAUGUCCAGAUAGGGACACCCUUUUUCCAUAUUCUCAUUUGCAUCUUUGAGUCCCAGAGAUGGAGAAAGCCUCUUUAGCAAUGAGUGGAGGUGUUUAGAAAUGAGGACCCACACUGCAGUACUCUCUUCCCUUGUGGUUGGCUGUCAGCAGGCUGUUACCCAUACAUGUGAAAGGUUGUUUGAAGUGUGCUUACAUGUGUUUCCAUAGCAGCAGUCAUCUUAGCAUUUUUACUCGUUUUUUGGACUUUUUUUUUUCUUUUGCAGCUCUGUUUCUCAUUGUUGCAGGAUUAAACAAACAACAUAUUUAGGUCAAGGAAAGAGAUGUUUGCUAAUGUAGAUGCUAGGCUAAGCAUUCUGGGAGAGUGAUUUCUUGCAGCAGACGAACAUUCUUUGUGCUUUCCAGCAGCAUCUGCAGCAGUGUGGUGGUCUGGCACUAUCUUUUUCAUUUUGGGCAGGUUCUGCGAUUCAGAACAAUCCCAAGCAAAUCAUAGAAGCCGGCAAUUUUCUGAUAACUCUAUGUAAAUCCUUUACAUAUUUGUUCUUUGGGUUAAUGGUGAAGCAAUCUGCUUGGAAAAAACGAUACUUUCAAGGUCUUGGUGCUUCUGAGGUGUGUCAUCUUGCUUUUGCACCACCCACCCUCCUGUUUUACACUGGGAGCCUGGAUUUUUUUUUUGUCAGGCAUUUGGGCAGGAGCGGAUCCUAGUGUGACAGCUUGGAGCUUCCCUUCUGCUCUGUGCCGGUAACUGCUUGUCAUGAGGAUGGUACACUGGGAGCCUGUGUCUGAAAAGCCAAGGAAGAUGAUGUGGAAAUGGAGUAGUGACUGCUAGAAAUCUGAAUAUCCACACCUUGGGGAUGGGUUGCACUACUAGUGUGAUUCUGUUCAAAGGCAUCCGCACCGUUUUUGAGAGAAACUGUGCUUAUAUGUGCAAACAGCAAGGAGAGAAUAAUGCCUUUGAAUAUACAGCAUACAAUUGGACAAAAGAAGAUUCAGAACUAUUGAUCUCCUCCUGUCUGGCAAAGCCAAAGCUAAUUGAGCCACUCGACUAUGAAAAUGUUAUCGUUCAGAGGAAGACCCAGAUCCUGAAUGACUGUCUGAGGGAGAUGCUUCUCUUCCCUUAUGAUGACUUUCAGACGGCCAUUCUGAGGCGGCAGGGUCGGUAUAUAUGCUCCACAGUUCCUGCAAAUGCACAAGACGAAGCACAGAGCUUGUUUGUUACAGAGUGCAUCAAAACCUACAAUUCUGAUUGGCAUCUUGUGACUUAUAAAUAUGAAGAUUACUCAGGAGAGUUUCGACAGCUUCCAAACAAAGUGGCCAAGUUGGAUAAACUUCCAGUUCAUGUCUAUGAAGUUGAUGAGGAGGCUGACAAAGAUGAGGAUGCUGCCUCCUUGGGUUCUCAGAAGGGUGGAAUCACCAAGCAUGGAUGGCUGUACAAAGGGAACAUGAACAGUGCAAUCAGCGUGACCAUGAGGUCAUUUAAGAGGCGAUUUUUCCAUCUGAUUCAACUUGGCGAUGGAUCCUAUAAUUUGAAUUUUUACAAAGAUGAAAAGAUCUCUAAGGAACCAAAAGGAUCAAUAUUUCUGGAUUCCUGCAUGGGUGUGGUCCAGAACAACAAAGUCAGGCGUUUUGCUUUUGAGCUCAAAAUGCAGGACAAAAGUAGUUACCUUUUAGCAGCAGACAGUGAAGUGGAAAUGGAGGAAUGGAUCACAAUUCUAAACAAGAUUCUCCAGCUCAACUUUGAAGCUGCAAUGCAAGAAAAGAGGAAUGGAGACUCUCAUGAAGAUGAUGAACAAGGCAGAUUGGAAGGUUCUGGUUCCGGUUUAGAUAGCUACCUGCCUGAACUUGCCAAGAGUACCAGAGAAGCUGAAAUCAAAUUGAAAAGUGAAAGCAGAGUUAAACUUUUUUGCUUGGACCCAGAUGCCCAGAAACUUGACUUCUCAUCAGCUGAGCCAGAAGUGAAACCAUUUGAAGAGAAAUUUGGAAAGAGGAUUCUUGUCAAGUGCAAUGAUUUAUCUUUCAACUUGCAAUGUUGUAUUGCUGAAAAUGAAGAAGGACCCACUACAAAUGUAGAGCCUUUCUUUGUUACUCUGUCCUUGUUCGACAUAAAAUACAACCGAAAGAUUUCUGCUGAUUUCCAUGUGGACCUGAAUCAUUUCUCAGUGCGGCAGAUGCUGGCUCCCACGUCUCCAGCUCUGGUGAAUGGCGGCCAGAGCCCCUCUGCCCUCCAGGAUGUCCUUCAUUUAGUGGCCAUGCAGUACCCCAAGCAGGGAAUAUUUUCAGUCACUUGUCCUCAUCCAGACAUAUUUCUUGUGGCCAGAAUUGAAAAAGUCCUCCAAGGGAGCAUGACACAUUGUGCUGAGCCAUAUAUGAAAAGUUCAGACUCUUCUAAGGUUGCUCAGAAGGUGCUGAAGAAUGCCAAGCAGGCAUGCCAAAGGCUAGGACAGUACAGAAUGCCAUUUGCUUGGGCAGCAAGGACAUUAUUUAAGGAUGCAGCUGGAAACCUGGACAAAAAUGCCAGAUUUUCUGCCCUCUACAGGCAAGACAGCAAUAAGCUAUCAAAUGAUGACAUGCUCAAGUUACUUGCAGACUUUCGGAAACCUGAGAAAAUGGCUAAGCUCCCAGUGAUUUUAGGCAAUCUGGAUAUUACUAUUGAUAAUGUUUCCUCAGAAUUCCCUAAUUAUGUCAAUUCAUCAUACAUUCCCAUGAAGCAAUUUGAAGCCUGUACUAAAAUUCCAAUCACGUUUGAAGUUGAAGAAUUUGUGCCCUGCAUACCAAAACAUACUCAGCCUUAUACUGUCUACAACAACCACCUUUACGUUUAUCCUAAGUACUUGAAAUAUGACAGUCAGAAGUCUUUUGCCAAGGCCAGGAACAUUGCUAUUUGCAUUGAAUUUAAAGAUUCAGAUGAGGAAGACUCUCAGCCCCUGAAGUGCAUUUAUGGCAGACCUGGAGGCCCAGUGUUCACCAGAAGCGCCUUUGCUGCAGUUUUACACCACCACCAAAACCCAGAAUUUUAUGAUGAAAUUAAAAUAGAAUUGCCCACCCAGCUACAUGAAAAGCACCACUUGCUGUUCACAUUCUUUCAUGUCAGUUGUGAUAAUUCAAGUAAGGGAAGCACAAAGAAGAAAGAUGUUGUUGAAACACAAGUUGGAUAUUCUUGGCUUCCUCUCCUGAAAGAUGGAAGGGUGGUGACUAACGAGCAGCAUGUCCCCGUUUCAGCCAAUCUUCCAUCUGGCUACCUUGGAUACCAGGAGAUUGGCAUGGGCAGGCAUUGUGGUCCAGAAAUUAAAUGGGUAGAUGGAGGCAAGCCACUGUUGAAAGUUUCAACUCAUCUAGUUUCUACAGUGUAUACCCAGGAUCAACAUUUGCAUAAUUUUUUCCAGUACUGUCAGAAAACAGAAUCUGGAGCUCAAGCCUUAGGAAAUGAACUUGUAAAAUAUCUUAAGAGUCUACAUGCAAUGGAAGGCCACGUGAUGAUUGCCUUCCUGCCUACCAUCCUAAAUCAGCUGUUCCGAGUCCUCACCAGAGCCACCCAGGAGGAAGUCGCAGUUAAUGUGACUCGGGUCAUUAUUCAUGUGGUUGCCCAGUGCCAUGAGGAAGGAUUGGAGAGCCACUUGAGGUCAUAUGUUAAGUAUGCUUAUAAGGCUGAGCCAUAUAUUGCCUCUGAGUAUAAGACAGUGCAUGAAGAACUGACCAAAUCCAUGACCACCAUUCUCAAGCCUUCUGCUGACUUCCUUACCAGCAACAAACUGCUGAAGUAUUCUUGGUUUUUCUUUGAUGUGCUGAUAAAAUCCAUGGCUCAGCAUUUGAUAGAAAACUGCAAAGUCAAGUUAUUACGGAACCAGAGAUUUCCUGCAUCCUAUCAUCAUGCAGUGGAAACUGUUGUGAAUAUGCUGAUGCCACACAUCACUCAGAAGUUUCGAGAUAAUCCAGAGGCCUCUAAGAAUGCCAAUCAUAGCCUAGCUGUCUUCAUCAAGAGAUGUUUUACCUUCAUGGACAGGGGUUUUGUCUUCAAACAGAUCAACAACUACAUCAGCUGCUUUGCUCCUGGAGACCCAAAGACCCUGUUUGAGUACAAAUUUGAAUUUCUCCGUGUAGUAUGCAAUCAUGAACACUAUAUUCCUUUGAACUUGCCAAUGCCAUUUGGAAAAGGCAGGAUUCAGAGAUACCAAGAUCUCCAGCUUGACUACUCAUUAACAGAUGAGUUCUGCAGAAAUCACUUCUUAGUAGGACUGCUACUUAGAGAAGUGGGCACUGCCCUCCAAGAGUUUCGAGAGGUCCGAGUGAUUGCCAUCAGUGUACUCAAGAACCUGCUCAUAAAGCAUUCUUUUGAUGACAGAUAUUCCUCAAGGAGUCACCAGGCAAGGAUAGCCACUCUCUAUCUGCCUCUGUUUGGUCUGCUUAUUGAAAAUGUCCAGCGGAUCAAUGUGAGGGACGUGUCACCCUUCCCUGUGAACCCAGGCAGUACUGUGAAGGAAGAACCCCUUGCUCUGCCAGCUGGGAACCCGCUAGUGACACCGCAGAAGGGAAACACACUGGACCACAGCCUGCACAAAGACCUCUUAGGUGCCAUCUCUGGCAUUGCUUCUCCAUAUACAACUUCAACUCCAAACAUCAACAGUGUGAGAAGUGCUGACUCAAGAGGCUCACUCAUAAGCACGGAUUCGGGUAAUAGCCUUCCAGAAAGGAAUAGUGAGAAGAGCAAUUCCUUAGACAAGCACCAUCAAAGUAACACUUUGGGAAAUUCUGUGGUUCGCUGUGACAAACUAGACCAGUCUGAGAUUAAGAGCCUACUGAUGUGUUUCCUUUACAUCUUAAAAAGCAUGUCUGAUGAUGCAUUGUUUACAUACUGGAACAAGGCUUCAACAUCUGAACUUAUGGAUUUUUUUACAAUAUCUGAAGUCUGCUUGCAUCAGUUCCAGUACAUGGGGAAGCGAUAUAUAGCCAGGAACCAGGAGGGGUUGGGACCCAUAGUUCAUGAUCGAAAAUCUCAGACAUUGCCUGUUUCCCGUAACAGAACAGGAAUGAUGCAUGCCAGAUUGCAGCAGCUGGGCAGCCUGGAUAACUCUGUCACUUUUAACCACAGCUAUGGUCAUUCAGAUGCAGACGUUCUUCACCAGUCUCUGUUGGAAGCCAACAUUGCCACUGAGGUUUGCCUUACGGCCCUGGACACUCUGUCUCUUUUUACACUGGCAUUUAAGAACCAGUUGUUGGCUGACCAUGGACACAACCCUCUCAUGAAAAAAGUUUUUGAUGUCUACUUGUGCUUUCUUCAAAAACAUCAGUCUGAAACAGCUUUAAAAAAUGUCUUCACUGCCUUAAGAUCAUUAAUUUAUAAGUUUCCCUCGACGUUCUAUGAAGGAAGAGCAGACAUGUGUGCUGCUCUGUGCUAUGAGAUUCUCAAGUGCUGCAACUCCAAACUGAGCUCCAUCCGAACCGAGGCUUCCCAACUGCUGUACUUCUUGAUGAGGAACAACUUCGAUUAUACUGGGAAGAAAUCCUUUGUCCGAACACACUUGCAGGUCAUCAUUUCUGUCAGUCAGCUGAUUGCAGAUGUUGUUGGCAUUGGAGGAACCAGAUUCCAGCAGUCCUUGUCCAUCAUCAACAACUGUGCCAACAGUGACAGACUCAUCAAGCACACUAGUUUCUCCUCUGAUGUGAAAGACUUGACCAAGAGGAUCCGCACAGUCCUGAUGGCCACGGCCCAGAUGAAAGAACAUGAAAAUGAUCCAGAGAUGCUGGUAGACCUGCAGUACAGUCUGGCUAAGUCCUAUGCCAGCACUCCUGAACUCAGAAAGACAUGGCUUGACAGCAUGGCCAGGAUCCACGUCAAAAAUGGGGAUCUCUCAGAGGCAGCAAUGUGCUAUGUCCACGUGACAGCGUUGGUGGCAGAAUAUCUCACACGGAAAGGCAUGUUUAGACAAGGGUGCACAGCCUUCCGGGUCAUAACCCCAAAUAUCGAUGAAGAGGCCUCUAUGAUGGAAGAUGUCGGGAUGCAGGAUGUUCACUUCAAUGAGGACGUAUUGAUGGAGCUGCUGGAGCAGUGUGCGGAUGGACUUUGGAAGGCAGAACGCUAUGAGCUCAUCGCUGACAUCUAUAAACUUAUCAUCCCUAUUUAUGAGAAGCGGAGGGAUUUUGAGAGGCUAUGCCACCUGUAUGACACACUACACCGAGCCUACAGCAAAGUGACUGAGGUCAUGCACUCGGGCCGCAGACUCCUGGGGACCUACUUCCGGGUGGCCUUUUUUGGACAGGGUUUCUUCGAAGAUGAAGAUGGAAAGGAGUAUAUUUACAAAGAACCAAAACUCACACCUCUGUCUGAAAUUUCUCAGAGACUUCUUAAACUUUACUCAGAUAAAUUUGGUUCUGAAAAUGUCAAAAUGAUUCAGGAUUCUGGAAAGGUCAACCCUAAGGAUCUGGAUUCCAAGUAUGCCUAUAUCCAGGUGACGCAUGUCAUCCCAUUUUUUGAUGAAAAAGAAUUGCAGGAGAGAAAAACGGAGUUUGAAAGAUCACAUAACAUCCGACGCUUCAUGUUUGAGAUGCCCUUCACCCAGACUGGGAAAAGGCAAGGUGGGGUGGAAGAACAGUGCAAACGGCGCACCAUCCUGACAGCUAUCCACUGUUUCCCUUACGUGAAGAAACGGAUCCCAGUCAUGUAUCAGCACCACACUGACCUGAACCCCAUUGAAGUGGCCAUCGACGAGAUGAGUAAGAAGGUGGCUGAGCUCCGGCAGCUGUGCUCCUCGGUGGAAGUAGACAUGAUCAAACUCCAGCUCAAACUGCAGGGUAGUGUGAGCGUUCAGGUCAAUGCUGGUCCACUAGCAUAUGCUCGAGCCUUCUUAGAUGAUACAAACACGAAAAGAUACCCUGACAAUAAAGUGAAGUUGCUAAAGGAAGUUUUCAGGCAAUUUGUCGAAGCUUGUGGUCAGGCCCUAGCAGUAAAUGAACGACUGAUUAAAGAAGACCAGUUAGAGUAUCAGGAAGAAAUGAAGGCCAACUACAGAGAGAUGGUAAAGGAGCUGUCUGAAAUCAUGCAUGAGCAGAUCUGCCCCCUGGAGGAGAAGACGAGCGUUUUGCCGAACUCCCUUCAUAUCUUCAACGCCAUCAGCGGAACUCCAACAAGCACAAUGGUUCACGGGUUGACCAGCUCGUCCUCGGUUGUGUGAUUCACCUUGUGGCGCACAUACAGGGACUUGCUUGUCGUUUGUAAACUCAGGAUGAUUCCCACAGCUCAUCCCUCACGAGAGUGAGCAUAGGGAGAAGCCAUGGGGAAAGGGAGAGAAAGGGAUUAAGGACUGUGAUAUUUCAUAGGAGAUUUUCUAUAGAAUUGAAAGAAGCUGCACCUAUUUUUUUUUAAAAUCUCACUGGCAAUAUUCAGAGUUUACCAUGUGUUUUAACCUAAGUGUGUGGUAGACACUUUUAAAUUGGAGUUAAAUUUUAUUGUUCCCUACAGAGUAGUAGUAAAUGAAGUAUUCUAGAAUGAACAACACAAGGACAGUGGCACUGAAACCCAGGCCAAGAGACCUUUAGCCUCUAGGCUGAGUUGGAGAAUCUUGAAAAUACUAUUUUUUCCUGUGGCACAUUCAGGUUGAAUACAAGAACCUAUUUUUGUGACUAGUUUUUGAUGACCUAAGGGAACUGACCAUUGUCGUUUUUGUACCAGUGAACAUGAAGAUUGAGUGUUUUUAUAUUCAUUCCUUGCAUUUAAGAUAUAUGAAGGCUUAAGGAACUAUGUGAGCUUAAAACCAGUCAGGCAGUUUAGAACCAAAGGCCUGUACUAACAAACCCAACUAUGCUAAAAAGUAAAACGUAGUACAGUAUAUCACUGUGUACAUACAGUUUGUUAAUACAGCCUCGGCAUCAUGUACAUACAUGUGUUACAUUUCUACAUUUUUAAUACAUCUGCUUCCUCCUAAGUUUACUUGUGAUGUUUGUGCUGUUCUUAUUCCAUAUGCAAUACACUGACCUUACUGUUUUAUUCUUGUAUAUAAAAUGUGCGAUAUGGAGAUGUAUACAGUCUUUGCUAUUAGGUUUAUAAACUGCUAAAAAAUUCAUCUUUUUGCCAAAAUGGUGGAGUAUGUGACCGGUUAUUCAUAAAUCCUGUGGUAAAUGGGGUAUAAUUUAAGGCUUUCACCAUGUUAUAUUUUCUUUUAAGACAUUAAUUUAGUAAUUUUAUAUUCGGGAAAAUAAAAGUUUUUAAUUUUAUUUAACUGGAAUCACUGCCCUGCUGUAAUUAAACACUGUACCACAUCUGUAUUAAAACAAAACAUUGCUGAUU